ACCCAACAGGCAGCCUGCUUAGGGCAGGGAAACGAGACGAUCGAAGAGUGGUGGCACAACAAGGAGACGGAGAAAGAAUACGGGCAGAAGAGAGCUGGAAAGUGGAAGGAAAAGGACUAAAAACAGAGGGCAGGUACCAAAAAUAGGACAAUGAAGUCUGAACUAGGAUGCAGCUCUCUGAUCCUGCUUCUUCUCACAAUGGAUGUUUGGGGUCAACGGCUCAAACCACAUAGCACCAAGAAACUUCCAACUGCUGAACCUAAGGAGCCCACUGACUUUCCACCAGUAAUAUUUGGCCCACCUUCUCCAUUCGCAGAUUGCCCAAAGGAAUGUUUCUGUCCUCCUUCUUACCCAACGGCCCUGUAUUGUGAGAACCGCAACCUUCGUAAGGUACCAAUCAUCCCAUCUCGCACCCUCUACAUCUACCUACAGAACAACUACAUCGAUAAAGUAGCUGCAGAGUCCUUCAAGAAUGCCACAGAAGUCAAGUGGAUCAACCUUGGAAACAACCGCAUUCGCACAAUAGAGAAAGAAGUGUUUAAAAAGCUUCCCAAUCUGCUAUAUCUGUAUAUGGAGAGGAACCAGUUAAAUGAAGUUCCUAGCAAUCUGCCAGCUGGCUUGGAGCAACUACGACUCAGUCGGAACAAGAUUUCGAAGAUCGGUCCUGAAUCUUUCAACAAAAUGGAGAACCUGGUUCUGCUGGAUUUGCACCAUAAUAAGAUCAGUGAUAGCAACCUGGGCAAGAAUGUAUUUAAAGAUCUGAAGAGACUGGUACAACUUAAUCUUGCACACAACAUCCUGAAAAAAAUGCCCAUGAAUGUACCCAACAGCAUCUACCAGCUGUUCUUGGACAGGAAUAUCAUUGAAGACAUUCCUCAAGACUAUUUUAAGGACUUUACACAUCUUGCUUUUGUAAGACUCAACUAUAAUCACUUGACCGACAAGAGCAUCCCAAAGAUGGUGUUUAAUGUUAGCACACUGCUGGAUUUGCACUUGUCUCACAACAACUUGACCACUGUUCCAUUGUUCAACUCCCACCUGGAGCAUCUACACCUCAACAACAAUAAUAUUGAGAGCAUAAACGGAACAGAGAUCUGCCCCUUUCAGCUAAAUGAAGACGUGCACGAUCCGGACCACUUGCCCAGGCUGAGGUAUCUGCGGCUGGAUGGUAAUCAAUUGAGUCCUCCCAUUCCCAUGGAUGUCAUCAUGUGCUUUAGAUAUCUUCACUCAAUAGUGAUAUAGGAAGAAUUGAAAUUCCUCUUUGCACAGUGCUCCUGUUCACUUGACAGUACUGAUGACAUCAACAGUACGAUUGGACAAGCAAGACAAGGCAGUAUAUCAGUGGUUCUCAACCCUUUUUUGUAACAGGGCAAGUCUUACAGGCUUGUGGUAAAAUUAUACUCCUUAUGAGGCUGCAUCUCAACUCGAUUACUAGUGCAGACUUCUAGGGAGCCAUUCAGGACACGACCCUGUUCUAUAUAUCACAGUGUCACAUCGUGCAUUACAGUUUACAAACUGCAUGGAGCUGCUGCUAAUAUUGUUGCAGGUAGAUUCACUAUCCUCAUUAUACACUGAUCAGCCAUAACAUUAAAACCACCCCCUUGUUUCUACACUUACUCUCCAUUUU